AUGGACAACGAGCUAGCUAUUUUGUCCUGGAACAUACGUGGGGCGGCGAAUGCCGGGGCGAAGCGGUAUCUACGUGAGCUCUUGCAGCAGUUCAGACCUUCAUUACUUUUCAUAAUGGAGACUCAUGUUCAGUUUGAUAGAGUUAAAAAGUUUUGGGAGAAUUUGGGUUUUUUACCAGUGAAUAUUGUGGAAGCUCAUGGACACUCAGGUGGAUUAUGGUGUCUUGCCCUUUCACACAUUUUACCUUGUAUUCAUGUGGUAGAUGUGUUUGAGCAGGCUAUUACUGUGGAGGUGCGGGUGUCUCAAAGCCCGUGGAUUUGUACGGGUGUUUAUGCUAGCCCUAUCCCUGCAUCUCGGGUUGCGUGUUGGAGGUAUCUGGCAACACUUCGCCAGCGGAUUAAUUAUCCGUGGAUGAUAAUAGGAGAUUUUAAUGAUUCUCUGCUCAGUUCUGAUCAGCGGGGAGGGGUUUUCUCUCAUGCAAGGGCGAACCUUUUUGCUGAUAUGCUCCAGGAUUGUGGUCUCAUUCCCCUUCACACUAUUGGGCUUCGUUUUUCCUGGGUGCGACGUCGUGGUGGCGUGCCCGUUAUGCAUAAGAAGCUGGAUUGGUGCCUAGGAGACUCAGAUUGGAACUUCAGAUUCCCGGAUGCUUUAGCUGAGAACCUUACUCGGGUUCAUUCAGAUCACUCCCCGGUUCUUGUUAGGUGUGGUGGUUCCCCGCCAUUCCGUGGUUCGAGGCCGUUUCGCUUUGAGGCAGCAUGGCUUUCCCAUGCGGACUACGAGCAGGUGGUGGCUUCAGCCUGGUCCCCGCAAGAGACACUCCCCGGGAACUUGCAUUUGGUCCAGGAGCGUUCUAUGGUGUUUAAUAAGGACGUGUUUGGCGACAUUAGGAGACGGAAGCGUACCUUGCAUGCACGAAUUCGGGGAAUUCAAUUGAGACUUGAUACGGUGGACUCUGCUGCCCUUUCUCUGUUACAUGAUAAGCUUCAGAUUGAGCUUCAUCAUACCCUUGCUCAGGAAGAGCUGUUGUGGUUUCAGAAAUCUAGGGAGCAAGAAGCGCUGUUGGGGGGGCGUAAUACACGGUAUUUCCACACUAAAACUAUCGUUCGCCGAAGACGGAAUAAGAUCAUUUCUCUUACUCUACUGUCUGGUGAGGUGUGCACGGAUGAGCAAACCUUGCAAGUUGAGGCGUUGCGGUUUUUUAAAGGAUUGUUUUACUCUCCUUUGGCGUCUAGGCCACUACAGGAAGGGAAAUACUUCUGCCCCAGUUUGUCCCAUGAGCAUGUGUCCCAGCUUUCAGCGGAGGUGUCACCUCAGGAGGUGUGGAGGGCGGUUUCUACCAUGGGGUCUUUCAAGGCCCCUGGCCCUGAUGGUUUCCAGGCAAUUUUCUUUAAAUCUUGCUGGCAUAUUGUUGGAGAGAGUGUCUAUGCAGUUGUCAGGGAUGCUUUCAUUAUUGGCACGUUUGAUAGAGCUCUCUCUGAUACGCUUGUUGCGUUAAUUCCGAAGGUGGAUGUGCCUGCAUCUUUUCGUGAGUUGCGGCCAAUUAGCUUGUGUAAUGUGAUGUAUAAGCUGAUCACUAAGGUCUUGGUUCUUCGCCUUAGGCCAUGCUUGCAGGAAAUUGUGGGGCCUCUUCAAAGUAGCUUCAUUGCGGGGCGGGGAACUUCUGAUAAUGCUAUUAUUUUGCAGGAGGUAGCUUACUUCAUGAUGAAUAAGAAGCGAAGGAGCAGGAAUGUUAUCUUCAAGUUGGACUUGGAGAAAGCAUAUGAUCAAGUAAGCUGGCAGUUCUUGGAAAAAACCCUGGUGGAGUUUGGCUUCCCGUCGUCCAUUGUUGCUUUGAUUAUGUAUUGUGUCACAUCCUCUUCUAUUUCGCUUCUCUGGAAUGGGAAUCGUUUACCGGCGUUCAGUGCUACUAGGGGCCUUCGUCAGGGUGAUCCUCUUUCACUGUAUCUAUUUGUGCUUUGUAUGGAGCGGCUUGCUCAUAUGAUUAAUCAUGAGGCAGAAGUGGCUCAGGUGCGGAAUAUUUAUCGGGUUUUAAAGGACUUCUGUGGUGCUUCUGGACUUAAGAUUAACCUUUCAAAGUCCAAAGCCAUGGCUUCUUGGUGUGUGGAUGGAGCUGUUAAAGAUCGGAUUGCUGCCAUCACUUCCAUCCCUUUCACGAAUAAUAUUGGAAAGUACCUUGGCUUCCCCAUCCAUAUUGGUCGGGUUCGGAAGGAGGAUUUCAGUUUUAUUGUUGACCGUGUAUCUGCCCGCUUAGCAACUUGGAAGGCUAGCUUGUUGAACAAACCAGCGAGAGUUACCCUUGCCAAAUCUGUCUUGUCCGCCAUCCCGGUGUAUGUCAUGCAAUUGAAUUGGCUUCCUCAAUCGGUGUGUGAUCAGUUGGAUAUGGUGGUUCGAAGGUUUAUUUGGGGAAAUGCUCACUCGAAGGGUAUCCCCUUGGUAGCCUGGGAUAAGGUGGCUCGGCCAAAGAAAUAUGGUGGCUUAGGGUUGAGGAGUGCGAGAUUGAAUAAUGUGGCCAUGUUGGGUAAACAACUUUGGGGUUUGGUUCAACAGGAUGGGAAAUUUUGGGUGAGGGUGGUACGCGGCCAGCAUGUGGCAGGGGGGGAGGUUCUGUCUUGCGCUGCUAGCGCCGAUUCUUAUUUUUGGCGUUCCAUUAUUAAGGCACGUGACAUGCUUAAGGGAGGGUUUCAGGUUCGUUUCGGUGAUGGCAGCUCUUCUUUCUGGUAUUCCUGCUGGACACCCUUUGGUUUAUUGUGUGACAUAGUUCCAGUGGUUGACAUUCAUGACAUAGACUUGACUGUGAGGGAUGUCUUUUCUGAAGGAUCCUUCAACUCCUCCUUGUUGUACACCGAGUUGCCACCUGAGGUUAAUCAGUUCUUGUUCACUUUCAAGCAUGUUUUCUUUGAUUCCGGGACUCGGGAUUGCUUGAUAUGGGCUCAUAAUAUGAAUGGGAAUUACACAGUUAAAGAUGGGUUCCAAUGGCUGCUGCAUCAGGAGGAGGUUGACGUUGAUUCAGGUCCCGUUGGUGGUUUAUGGAAUGUGGUUUGGAAGGUGAAUGCUCCAGAAAAUAUUCGUGUCUUCCUCUGGCUGGUCUUACAUGAUGCAUUGCCCACCCGCUGCCUUCUGUUACGCCGUUCAUUGGCUACGUCCGCUUUGUGCCCUAGGUGUGGAGUUGGGGACGAAUCGAUUUUGCACUGUCUUCGUGACUGUGCGGAUGCAAGACGCGUUUGGCGUGGCACCGGUUUCAUUCUCCCUCAAGCAUUUUAUGCAGUCCAGAAUUUUGGGGAGGUGAUUUGGAAGGAGCGCUGUCGUUUCGUUUUCGCGUCCCAGCACCUAGUGGUCCACAAGGUUGUUCGUGAGGCACGGGAGCUGUGGUUACUCAUUGCUGAUACGUAUCACCGUGGAGCUACUUCGCCGGCGGUUCGCUGGGUUCGCUGGCAGCCCCCUAGGGAGAAUUUUGUUGCUCUCAACACCGAUGGCAGUUCGCUGGGGAAUCCGGGUGCUGCGGGGAUUGGUGGUGUCGUGCGAUCUGAGCAUGGGAACUGGCUCUUGGGUUAUGCGGGUUCUAUUGGUGAGGCAGAUAGUUUGCUUGCGGAAUUAGUGUCCAUUCUUCGUGGGUUGGAAGUCUGCUGGGACCAUGGGUAUAGGCAGGUGGAUUUGUUUUCAGAUUCUCUGCUCGCUUUGGGUUUGAUUAUGGAUCUGCAUCCUGUCUUUCACCGCUAUGCUGCGAUUAUUGGGCGGAUUAAGACGUUACUUCAGCGGUCGUGGCAGGUUCGGUGUCAGCAUAUUCUUCGCGAGGGAAAUUCGGUGGCGGAUUUCUUAGCUAAGUAUGGUGCAUCUGCGCAGUCGGCGUUUUUGGUUUGGGCUUCUCCCCUGCAGAGUCUUGUGCCUAUGUUGAGGGCGGAUCAAGUGGGAACAGAGUUCAUGAGAAUUUAG